GUAGUUUAACGUUUUUUUCUUUCGGGCCCCGUCAAAACAAUGCAGAUUAGCUGGCCUGCUGCGGUUAGCUGUAAAUAUUUAACAGAGAAUUCCAGUUAACUUCAUGUUGUCGUUACUCCUCGGCUCGGAGCUUAAAUUAGGUUACAUGUAGUUCCUCUUCCUCGUCUGUAAACCGAGUCUAAAUCUGUAUCCGCGCUGAGGUUCUUCUUCUCCGGGCUGCUUUUGUGUGGCUCUCCGUCAUGGCUGGAAAUGCAGGCGGCUAACGGUCGUCUGCUGCUCGGUAGGCUGAGAGUGGCGGCGACGUCGAGCGGCUAAGAGCCCGAAAAAACGGUUAAAAUAAGACAGAGAGCGGUCUGAAACUGAGUAGGUUUCGAAAUCAAACGCUUAAACGGAUUCAGCACCCCCAGUUCUCGGUCCUCCGGUAGCAUGGUGGAGUAGCCGUCUGCCGUCUCCAACCGCCGGACGCCUCGCUCUCUCUCUCACGGGGAGGCUCAGCAUGGCCCCGGGCUCUCUGGUGGCGGCCUGCCGCAGCCUGGCCCUCUCGACGUGGCUGCUCUCCUUCUGCUUCGUCCACCUGCUGUGCCUGGACUUCACGGUGGCCGAGCGGGAGGAGUGGUACACCGCCUUCGUGAACAUCACCUACGUGGACCCGGCCACUUCGGAGCUCCGCACCGAGAAGACGGAGUGCGGACGCUACGGAGAGCACUCCCCGAAAAGGGACGCCAAAGGGGUGCUGGUGCUGCCCGCAGCCCCGCACGACCGCCAGGCCUGCGACCCCCACAGCCGGUUCUCGGUGCCCGCUCAGACCGGGGCCUGGAUCGCACUGAUAGCCCGGGGAAACUGCACCUACAAGGACAAGAUCCGCCACGCUGCUCACCACAACGCGUCCGCCGUGGUCAUCUUUAAUGUGGGGUCGGCUAAUCCCAACGACACCAUCACCAUGCCUCAUCCAGGUAUCCUGAAAAACUUCUCUAACAGAUGUUAUUAACCAUCCAGAACCAAUCACAAAGGGUUCGUCAGAACUUCACGGAGUCACCACAUCAUCCAGGAGUUCUUAAAAAAAUCAUGUUUUUGUUCUUUUUGUUUUUACGUGUCAGGACCUGAGAGGUUUCGCCUUUCCUACAAUCACUAAAUUAUGUUAGAGAACUGCCGCAGCUGCAAAUAAAAAAAGAAACCGCAACAUAAGUUUACGACGCAAAAAAAAACAAAAACGUUACUGCGGAAAUGAGCUGCCGGGGACCAAUCACGACGAUGCACCGGUGUUUUCACGACGGCAAGAAGACGAGCGAAGAAGUAAGUGGAAAGGUUAUUGUUUAAUUUCGUAAACUUUUCGAUGUGUCAUUUGGUUAGGCCACGUUGCGCCUGAGUCGAAGCUAGCAUUACAUCGGCAUCCUCCAGUUUAACUUCGUGUCGACUCAGGCGCAACGUGGCCUAACCAAAUGACACUCUGACAAGUUUACACAGCGAAAUUAAACAAUAACCUUUCCACUUACUUCUUCGCUCGUCUUCUCGCCUUCGUCUUCUGUGCCUAGAUCGGAAAACACUGGUGCAUCAUCAUUAUCAGUCCCCGACAGCGCACUUCCAUUGUGGCUUUGAUUAUUAGCAUCCUUUUGUUUUUCCAGUAAGUAACUUUUUCUUUUCUUUUUUUUUUUGCAUCGCCAAUUUUUUUGCACUGUUAACUUCCAUUUUUGCUUUGUCUUUUUGCAUCCUUUAAUUUUUCUAGUAAGCAACAUUUUUUUUGCAUUGCCACUUUUUUGCGCUUUUUACUUCCGUUGUGACUUUUUUUUAAUCAUCGCCAAAUUUUUUUAAUUUGCAGUAGAAUUUAUUUAUUUCUUAUUUUUUUUGUAUUGUUAACUUUUGUUGUGACUUUUUUUUUUAUCAGCACAUUUUUUUUAUUUGCAGCUGGAUUCAUUUUAUUUAAAACUUUUUGAUAUUGGUAACUUUCGUUGUGGGUUCUUCUCUUAUUUGCAUUCUUUUUUUUUUCGCAGUGAGUAGUUUUUUUUUUGCGUCUUAACUUCCAUUUUUUUAUCUGCACCGUUUCUUUUUUUAUUUGCAACGUGCUUCAGUUUCUUGUUUUUGCGUUCUUUUUUAUUUGCAGCAGUGGCUGUUCUCGGCCACCGAACUUAAUAAAAAAAAUGAAAAUAUAAAGCAUUCAGGUCCAGAAUCGAAUUGUCGUGAUAUUGGAGCCAAAGUCAUUCCCAGCAAUUAUCGAAUCAUAACAUGAUCCCCGUUUCUAUGGCAACGAAAUAACAGACUCCUAUCACCCACAGUCAGUGUUUUUCUUUCCUGAAUCUGAAGACGUUCAACGACAUAAUCUAAAACCUAUUUGGUGUGUAUGAAUUUAGAAGUACCAAACAGAACUCAAACUUUUUCUAACUUUUGAUUAAACGGUCAGAAUUUGCUUUUUUUUUUGUCUUUUAAUAUCUUCAAACUAAAUCUCUUAAAGAUUAUAUGACCCUUUUUGACAUUUUCAGACUUUUUUAAAGACCAAAAACCAGGAAGGAUCUCCUGGUUACAGCUGUGUAGUCUCAGAUUUGUUGCUGAGUCAGUCGGAUUGGAAACGUGACAAUGUCGAUCAGUCUGAUCUGGUUAUCAGCCAAACUGCUGACUGAAGGUCUCUGAGGCUGCUGGAACCAGACUCCACUCUGCUCUGCUCUUCCUGUUCCAGGGUCACAUCAUGCUUUCUUAAAGGGGUUUUCAGUUUAUGCGGACCCUCCUGGUUGUUGUUGUUGUUCUCCUUGAACAGCUGUUUCUGUCAGCUGGAAAACCCCCUCAGGGAUCCCUGAAGCUCCCACAGCAGCAUGUGUUUACUUUAAAUCAGCUUCCCCCUGACAUGUUCAUGUUCAGGGUCAGGGUCGGUUUUUGACCAGAGCUGGCAGCUUCUCCUCAUUCUUUGCUCAGAUUUAUGAACCUUCAUUGAAUUAUUUUCGGCAUGAAGGAUGAACCGUCACGGUUUUAAUCCAGAAAUAUUUCACAUGGUUUAGAGUUUUGGUUUUGAUUCUGUGAUUUAAUCAGCAAAUUAUUUCCUCCAUCCAUUUUCCAGGAAGUAGAAAAACAGUUAAAUAAAAAUCUGAAUUAGGGCCCCAUUUUAACCUGUUUGAGACGAGUCGGUAAUCGUCCAAACUCGCCGGUAUUUUCAGAAAUAAAAUGCAGACAAUAAGAUUCGGUUCAUCCAAUCUAAACGUCAUCAAUACGCGACAAAUGUCACCUAGUUUGACAACACAAACAGGCGCAGUGAGCAAUUUGUGCUUUGUGCGCAUGUGGGUCACUUCACGGACACAUUCUGUUCACAUUAGAUGCCGCAUUCGUUGUUGUAAUGUGAACGACCGCACAAAAAGAUCGGAUUUAACAAAAAAUCAGAAUUGUGACUGUAGCCUAAGUCAACAAGUUUCAGUUCAACCCACUUCACGAUGAUCCCCACUGUGCUGGUCUCAGUCACGCCGAAUUAACGGUGAAGCGCCAUGUAAUAUGAAGCUAAAGUUAGAGUUAGCCAACUUCUAUUAGCCUUGCUACACUGUUAGCCGUGCCAGUAACGGUAGAAUAAACAACAAAUGUGUAACGUGAGUUAAGAUGCGGAAGCACCGAUCGGCGGCGGGGUAGUUGAAAACGCUUUUGUGGUCGGAGUUUGAUUAGUCGGUCUUCCUGUCAGUGCGAAGAGCAGUAGCCUACAGUAUAUCUACAGUAUACAUUUUUUAUAACUUCAUAAAAAAUUUAAAAAAUCGGACGAUUAAUCACUAAUCGGAUCCCCCCCAAUAAUCAGUAUCAGCAAGGGCCCCAAAAAAUCCAUAUUGGUCGGGCCCUAAUCUGAAUAACUUUUUACAGCAAUGAAUUUGAAACAUUUCUUGUCCAAACACAAAGUUAACAAGUUUACCGUUAAAUCAAGAGAGAAAAACAGCAAAUGUCGAACUUCUGUCUCAAAAUCGCUGAAGUGAAUUUGUAAAAGGUCUUUUAAAAUGUUUGUUCCGGUUUGAACGACAUUUUUAAACCUGAAGGACUAGGAAAUAAAAAAUGACGCUGAAGUACCAAAAACUGCAGUUCACAAAGCGACCACUAGGGGCUGCCCCCUAAAGUGAUCAAACCACCAUAGAGCCUUAUGUCAAAAAGUUCAACCUCACAGCAGAACCGAACGUGUUUACAGUCCGGUUCAGAAAACAGGUUUGGGUGUUUAAUUGCGGGUUUGUGCCGUUCAGAUUUGGGGGCGUGGCCUCUUAGAAAGAGCGGCGAGAGCUGUUAGCCUGUCGGCCGUAGUGACCUAAAAUCAGCCGUACUGAUUAACUCCUUCCUCUGGCUCCAAAAACAUAACUUUUAAACAGUUACAGAUGAUUUUGAUUUUUUUACAGCGCUAUCGCCGACGUAUUUCUGGAGUUGCAGAAUAUAUCGGUGUUUAUCUAAAACUAAAACUUUGAAAACUUAUUUCAUUGAAAUGGGAUUUUUUCUGUUUAUCGUCAUUCCUAUCCUCGUAUUUUUGAAACUCCUGCUGCUCCAAAAUAUUUCCUUUUGCCGUUCUUUCUGCUCCCUUUCCUUAGCAGUGAGGAUGUCCAACGCUUUAGUUUUCGGUUAAUAUUAAAGUCGGUUGGUGAGUGUUUAAAUCAAGCGCUGGUCCUCAGAGAGGUAGAGGAUCAGUGUGUGUGUGUGUGUGUGUGUGUGUGGGUGAACGGCACAUUGAUCCCACAGGUUUAUUUUUAGGCUGAGACUAAUCAAUUUCUGCUUCUGUGUGUUCGGAGAGGUCGAAUCAAGUUCACAUCAGGCCUUGGGGGAGUGUAUCCAACUUGUGGUCCAGCCAACACACACACACACACACACACACACACACACGGUCAGAGCACGUUUUUCAGAUUAGAGCAGCAAAAGUUUCUCUCUUCAUUUCUCCAGAAUACUCGGACUAAUUAAAUUGAAGUUUCGGGGUUUGUGAGGUUUUCGGUUCAGAGUGUCAGGACACGCCGACGUCAUGAAAACACACGUGAUGUUGGCGUGUCCAGCUUGUUGUCGAGACUCUGGGAAGUUUAGACUACAGAAAACCAGCCGGAUCAUCUGUCCCCUAAACAAGAACAGAGAGGAGUCCUAAACAGACUUAGUUCUGGACUUCCUGAUAGGAUAUGAAACUGUUUGCAAUGUCUUCUGUCGUCUUUUCUGUGUCCAAAUGACAAAGCUGCCUGUCACCAUCAGGCCUGAAAUGUUGUUCACAUGUCAUAUUAAAGCUGCAGCAUAGCCUAUAAAACUCCACUACCCAGAUGAAAAUAAUCUGCAUAAAGUCGUAAAAGUUUGAAAGAAAGACUGAGAAAUGUUGAUCAUUCAUCAAGUGCGAACUGUGGAGCGUGCAGAGAAGAGAUCAAUCCCCGACCAUGUCAUCUUGAGAUAUUGGACUGACUUUGUGGAAUUUGACUUGGUACUAGGGCUGGGUGAUAUGUCCUCAAAUCAAUAUCACGAUAUAUUGAUCAGUUCACCUCGAUAACGAUAAAUGGACGAUAACUACUCCACAAGCUGCUCACCCCCUCCCACAUUAACUUCGUCUACUUCAGCCGCUACAACUUUUGAACCGUUCUCCAUCUCCUCACCUGUCUUUCCCUCUUUGUUACGGACUGGACUAGGACAGCGUCUUAAAGGGACAUGAGACCAUAGCCUACCUACACACACAUUACACACACCAACUUUGAUUUAUUUAUUCCUUUGACACUGAAUAUACUAGCAUGGGCAAAAUGACGUUGGUUAUUGUCGUAUAGUUCAGUAUCGGUAAAUUUCCGGUUCAUUGCCCAGCCCUUCUUGGUGCAGUUUCAGUUGGACUAGCAUGUAUUUAAAAAGUCAGACAUGGCGGCACAUUCCUGAAACCUCUACUCUCGGUUGGAUCUUGGAAAAUAUUCAGACUUUUUAUUCCAGUCCUAGUUUCAAAAGUCCUGGUUUCAUCUGAUGGCCCAGUUUGUCUCUGUAGAUAUUUUGAAGAGUCUCUGUUCCCCUCCUGACCUCGGUCUUAUCUCUCUUCCUGACUGAUUUCGUCUCUCUGCGCUCUGGGUUAUUCGAGGUCUGUCACGCUUAAGUCACAAGGACAACCUGAAAUUAACAAAUUGCCCAAACCGCCUGGUUGCAUCACAAACUCACAUUUCUUCCUGACAUCUGCAGGGCUGAUGUUAUCAUGUUCUAACUUGUCAUCUUCGCUGGAGCACAAAGAUAGUGUGUUGUUUCAGACUCAGCUGUUGAUGGCUGGUUUUGUGGUCUGGAGGUUAACACUCUCCCGUUGAGCAACGUGGUGAAUUAUUACCGCCUGACCUUUGAAGCAGGUCGAACAUUUCGUCUUUUUUAGCUACUCUCUGGCAUUUUAUUGAGUAAACAUGUUGGAGGAGGAUCAGCCGUGUGGAAUGUUCCAGACUUGCUGCUCUUGAAAGUGGUUUUAAUUCAAAUUCAUCAUACAACAGUGUGAAAGUGGCGCCCAACCUCAGGUUUGUGGAGCUGUACAGUGAGGUUCAGCUGAUGUUUUGGGAAACUUUUUGUUUUAGUUCACUCUCACUGCUCUUCGUACAGGAUACCGGAAAAAUACUUGUUCGGUCUUAAACGAGAUUUUAAAACUUUGAGGUGGUGAAAGUCAGGAAAAGACUCUUUUCUUAUGAGUCAGAGGUUUGAGAUUUGAGCUGAGAUGUUUUGGACGGAUCUGAAUACUUCAUGAAAUCUAUACCGUGAAGGCGCAGUUAUGUGAAUUUUUAUGGUUCUGCUUUUAUGGCUUUGCCAGUAAAGAAUUAGACCAAGAAGCAGAACUGAUGAUGGCACUGAUAUCAGCAAAUUCUUACCACUUCCUGUCUGUGGUGACGGAUACCUCACCCUUUUUUACGAACUCGUUUACAAACCUCAAACUGAAGGGAGAAGGAGAUGACGAGACCCGUGGACAUUUGGGUUUAGUUUAAAAAAAAAGGACAAUGGUUUAGAGGGACAAAGGUUCGUUUUGGGGACUUAAGGAACAUCUGUAGAUUUCCGUUUACAGAUUGAAGUGAUCGUUCAGUUUUAUCCUAAACCAAGAAAACCCUCUUUCUGUCCUUGACUCAGUAGAAUAAUUUCAGUGUUUACCCACCUCCUCAGGUACAGGCGAGGUGGUCGCCAUCAUGAUCCCCGAGCCCAAAGGUCGGGAGGUGGUAUCGCUUUUGGAGCGUAAUGUGACCGUCACCAUGACGAUCACCAUCGGGACGAGGAACCUGCAGAAGUACGUGAGCAGGACGUCGGUGGUGUUUGUUUCGAUCUCCUUCAUCGUUCUGAUGAUCAUCUCGCUCGCCUGGCUCGUCUUCUACUACAUCCAGAGGUUCAGAUACGCCAACGCACGGGACCGCAACCAGGUACGCACACCUGUUCUGGUCCUGUUUUCUUCUUAUACUUUCUGUAGAAUUUGACACUUGGUUUCCGUUAUCAUCUGCCAGUCCUGAACCCACCCUCACCUGUGAUUGAAUCUUUCAUUUGUCCUCACAGCGCCGUCUAGGCGAUGCAGCGAAGAAGGCGAUCAGUAAGCUGCAGGUUCGGACCAUCAGAAAAGGCGACCAGGAGACAGAGGCCGACUUUGACAACUGUGCCGUCUGCAUCGAGGGCUACAAGGCCAACGACGUGGUCCGCAUACUUCCCUGCAGGUAAACACCCCUGAGACAGUUUGGCCCAGGUGGAAGUCCGUAUCCACUUAGACUCCAUCGACUGAACAUUUCUUUGACUUUUCUUCUUCUUGAUUUAAAUUUGGUGUUUUAGUUUGUUUGUUCACAUCCAGAAUAACGUUGGUGUAAAAAAAUUACAACUUUUAAAAGAUUGUAAAAUAAGUUUAAGGAUUUAUAAGCAUGUUCACACUGAUUCCUUUAUGAUUUUCCUUUUUUUUAGACAUUUGUUCCAUAAGAGUUGCGUGGAUCCGUGGCUGCUCGAUCACCGCACAUGUCCCAUGUGUAAGAUGAACAUCCUCAAAGCUCUGGGCAUCGCUGUGAGUUUGAUUUGUCUUUAACAACAUCCGUCACACUUUUAGGCAAAUGUUAAAUCUGUUAAAGGGUUUGAGGAACAACCAGAGUCAGCGGGGUAAAAACUGAAGAUGUGCUGAUGUAAAAUUUCUCUUGACUGAAAUGGUUAGUGGUUGUUAAUGUUAAGAUUUGUGUGAAGAUCUGCAGAGCGAGUCUCUGAAACACAGACCCUCAGCGGAAACUUCAGAGACGGGUAAAGUGUCUGACGCUUGUCCGCUUUGACUCCAGCUGAACGCAGACUGUCUGGACGACCUGCCUCUAGACUAUGACCUGGCUCUGGGUGGCGUGGGCGGGGUUGGAGGUGUCGGAGUGGGUGGAGUCGGGGCCCUUGCGCUGGAGGCCGUGGUGUCGGGGGCAUCCAGUGACGGCACAUUGAGCGAGGGCGGCUCCUCUGUGGUCCUUGACCCUGGGGUGAGACGGGUGGGGCUACCGCAGGACUACCAGGAUCCAGACACCCUGAGAGACAGCCCAGUGACAGCAACCACUGACACACACACAGGUAACACACACAGACUGUGAGAGUCCUAACUGUGUGUUGGUGUCACACUGACACCUAGUGGUGAUUUUGGAACAUGAGCCAGUUUUAGUCUCACCAUGAAGGAAUUUACUUUUUUGAACUUUUGGUGACUAAAAUACGGAAUUUAGAUCUCAGUGUUUUUUUGUUGUUGUUUUUUUAUACUUUUUUGAAAUGGUGUGUUUUUUGUUUCUGACCUUGUUUACAUCAUACAGCUUAUUUUUUCUGAUUGGACAUGAUGGAGUUAGAUUUCACGUGUUUUCAGGAUUUAUAUCAAACUGAAAAAUCCAUCAGAUAGAACCAGAGGGAAAGACCUAAACCAAUGAUAUUUGGGUUCUGUUCUGUGUUUUAUGUCAAAUAUUCAGAUGAAGUCUUAUUUGGGGUGACCCUCUGGUCUAACGCGGCCUCCUUUCCUCUUCCAGGUGAGUUGCAGCCAAUGGCGAGCAGCGCCUCAGUCGCCUCCUUAGUCAUCACAGUGGAAACUGGUCUCUCAGAUGAGGAGGGGCCGAUGGAGCAAUCUCAGCUCGGGGAGAAGUCCUGAGAGGAGCCAAACCAGAAUCCAAGAGCCAAACUGGACUCGUAUCUGGUUCAGAUAUGUAAAAGUACGUCUGAAACUCUAGAGAGGCCACAUCUUACCAAACCUGACUUGAGCUUGACCCAGAACCUGGUUCUAGUUCCCAUCUGUCUUGAGUAACCCCAGAAUUGCCAUCAGGGUUUUUCUUUUGGACCUUUAGGAACAGUACUUUGCCAAACCAAACCAUCUUCUCUAGGCCUGUAAUGGAGGCAGGAUCAGGAUUCUGUUUCGUGGCAGUGGACCUUGGUUAUAUAACGGUUGGGUUGGUUUGGAAACUUGGUUUUGGACUAAAUCUCUACGGCGACACACAAUGAGGAUGGAUCAGGACUUGAUUGGGUUGUCUUCCACUUCACAUUGGUGUUGCUCUUGGAGAUUUCCAAAGUUCCACUCAGUCUUCUGAUCUGAUCUGAUCUGAUCUGACGUGAAGAUGUCCUGAUGAACCCACAGAGAUGAACUACCCGACCUCUUUCUCGGCUCUUCCCAUCGAUCAUGAAGGCUGAGAAAGAUUCCGGUAAACCUGCUCAUUUGUUUGAAAUACUGUCAAGCUCCUCCUUUGUCUCCGGACUUCCAAAGAGCAGAUGGGAAUCGGUGAGAAUCUUCACUUGAGUAGAACCGAAUUGUGACCCGGAAAGUUGUUGGCCAAAAAUACGAUCCACCCUUUGAAACGCACUGAUCUUCCAUUGUUGGCAACUUUUAGUGAAGUUGACAAAGCCCUGGGAACUCCAAACAUGAGUUUGCGCAGAUUAACAACAUAUUUUUACUCGACCAUGGUCGGUAAGGAUUGCUCUUGUCUUGGGACCUCUUGUGGAAUAUUCUGUUUCCUGUUGUUUUCUGAAAGAGUGGCACAAAAAACCUUCUAAAAACUGGAAUGGGACACCAAAAUAAAGGCUGUUCACCUCCUAGUCUGGUCCUGGUGCUUGUGAAGAUUGAAUUUCAGGUCGAUUUGAGUCGCCAAGGCUCCGUGUGUGUCGUCUUCAGUUACUGACUUUCAGUUUGGAGAAGUGAGAUUCGAGAAUCAAAGGGACAAACUCUGGGCAGAGGAUUUGUUUUUUUUCUUCUUCUUGUGUUUUAAUUAAGCGGUCGAUUGAUCACGGCAGUAUUCCAAUGACAAUUUGAUGCAGUAUUGAAAAGCAACCACAUGGUAUUUCUUUGAAUCUCCUUUUGCCAGUUUGUAUGAUUUAAGGUUCCGUCAUCUUGAUAAUCUUGAGACAGUAUUUUAAUUUUGAUGCUUCUUGUUCGUGCCCGUAGUUCUAGACAGGGUUUAGGUUUAUCCAGGAAAAUACCGCACCGUGGUAUUAGACACUGUAGACCUGAUUGUAGGGCUGUUAAGAGCUUCAGUACCUGGAAGGAAGUUAAAUAACUACGACAACAAAGAAGCACAGUCUGAAAUAAGUUAAAGGUGAGAUGUCGCCAUGAUGGAGGAGACGUUGGCUAAUUAAUUGUAUUCCCGCAGUUUGUACAAUAAAUAUACCACCUGGUAGAAAUGGCAUGUUUGGACCAAUUCUGUGCCAGGGCGGGACCACUGUUGAUAACAACAGGCAUGCACCAUCAUCUAUUCAACCAUACAAAUUAAACUUGAAUGUUACAAUAAUCAUAAUUAACCCGGCAAGAUCGUUAUUAUUCCAAUUCAUAUUUGAUCAAAGUUACGCAAAAGCAGAUCACGCCACCAUCAGUGGCAGGUUGGGAAAGAAAUUCAGCCAAUGAUCGAAAAGCUUGAGAGUACCGGGUGCCGAUGCGGAAGCGCAAAAAUCUGGUAACCAGGACCAUAUGGGGCUGGUCCGAAAAAGCCUGGAACAGCAAAACUGAUCCGGUUUACAGGCCACUUCAGAAACUUUUUUAGGUCAGUUCUCAUUCAUCCAGGUCGUAGUUAUUCAGUUCUUUGUUGAAAAGGUAAGUGGACUUGCUUGAGGUCUUUGAAGAAGCGAAACAUCUUCAAGAACCUCAAGCAAGUCCAGCGGCCUUUUCAACAAAGAAUUGGAUAUCCAUGUUUUGAUGCCAAGAGUAAUAGGUGUGCACCUGGUUGACCAAAAGGUCAGUGAGGCCAGUAUUUCCAACAUGGCAAAUGCCAUCAUAGGGCCUCAAAACGCCUCUCCAGAAAUCGGUGGGCUCCAUGUUUAAAACAAUUCACUGACAAAAUCGUCAGCCAACCACCGUCAUCUCAAAGUGUGUCCAAAUGAAGAAUCUCUAAGCCAGGCCAACAUUCAUAAAUUUCCAAGUAAUCAACCCAGAAGGUCAAGUUACUUAAAACUUUGCUGACCUGUCUUCCAUCGUGGGGAUCUCUCCAGAGUGGAAAAGUUUGGGCAAAGGGCCUCCUAAGAACCUUGUGAUAGUGUUGACUGGUUUAGACGUCUUAAUGUCCGUCCAUCUGUCCAUUUCACAAACCAAACAUGUCCAUUAGCCUGUCCUUGUGCUGCCUUUUUGAAUUCUAUAUCUUUAACUUCUUCAACCCCUGACAAUCACAGAUUGGAUGUUUUGACGCAAACAUUUCCAAGCCUUCGAUCUGUACAGCGAGAGAAGCAUAAGCUGCCAUUUUAACGCCACAAAUCAAGCUGGGACUGAUAACAGGAAGCCGUGACCCAAGUUACACAGGUGUUGAAAGAUCCAGAGCAGUAGACACGUGGAGUUUAGCUAAAAAAAACCAUCCCUGAAUUAUUGAAUUUCCCUUAAGGGAUCAAUAAAGUUCUUCUUCUUCUUCUUCUUCUGCUGUAGUUUUCAGUGUAGUUUUGAGCUUGUAAAUAUAAUCUGUAAAUUCCACUACGCCACGUGUGCAGGCUGCGGUUGUUUCACGGUGUCGCCGGCACCGCGAACUUCACCAAACUAGGAGAAAGAUUAAGAUUGUCGUCUAUUUUGAUACCAGAGGAGACGUAUAUUUUUGUAACUAAGACACCCAGCAGCAAAGACUGAUUUCCUUCCUGUCAUGACCGCAUGGCCAGCUGGUUCUCAAUGUGAUUGAGCGCCGAGCAGGCGGGUUGAAAUUGUUGAUUAUUUGUGUAUUUGUACAUACAUACUGGACUUAAAGGACCUUAAUAGGAACUUAAAUUAUUGUGUUUGUCCUGAAAAAUUCAGGAUCUGGUUGUUGAUGUAGCUGGAUGAAAAUGGAGCAAGAUUGUCGGCCGGAACGCCAAAACUGAACCGAUCCAAACUGUUUGACUUGAACGUAAAUUAUUUUCAGUGCUGGUAUUUAAAAACGGCACAAAAUUUUCAUUUUCUCAAAUUCCUGAAAGUAAAUUCAAGAAGUAAAAUAAUCAACUGUAAUGUUUGCAGGACUUGUUUACGGCAUUGACAGCAAUUCCCUGAUUUGGGUUUUCGCGACAAAAUCAAACUCGUGUCGGUGUCUCCAGUCCGACUUUUGAGCUCAUUUUCUUUCCGAAACUCGAAAGACUUUGAAGUAUUUUUAAGUUUCUUGCUACUUUGCUUCCUAAUCUUUGCUCUUUCCUCACAGUUCAGUUUCAGGGCUUUUAUUUCGCUCUAAACUACCAAGUAAAAACAAAAAACACUAGUUAAUUUAAACUGUAGUAAAAUGGUGCAGAGUGUAUUUGUUGUAAUAUAUGAAUGAUGACUGAUAUGUUUGCCUUCUUUUGGACGAUUUUCAGUGAAAAAUGUUUGAAUUCAAAAGAUUUCCUUUGUUUUGGAAGCUUUAUUUUAAAGGAAUUCUUGGUUUUGUUUUUUUUUCAUAUUUGCAAUGUUUCUCUAAUUUAUUAUAUGUGACUGCAAUUCUGCUGCCGCAGUACUGAAAGUGAACUGGAACCUUUGAAUCUAUUUUUCUCUAUUUUCAUUGAUAGACUGAGGCUGCUGUGGCAUGACGGGUCCUCCAGAUCCCAGAACACUUCAACUUCUUCGUUUCUUAUUUUUCCACGUAAUUUCAAAUUAAUAUUCUUCUACUUUAACACCCAUUAAAUUAGUCCUGACUGUUUGGAUCAAAUGUAAUAUUUGAGAAAGUUGAUUUUUUUUUUUUUUUUUUAAAGUUGAAAAGUUCAGGUCCAGCGGCCAGUUUUCGUGAAAACCGUCUGCACAUGCACACAAUUUCGAGAAACCGCCCCGACCUCUCAUUAACCACUGAGUCUGAACAUGUGCCGAUAAUUAACCUCUUUACUUUGGUAUUUCAGCUCUUCAAACUCUUCUCUUCAUUUAGAUCCAGCAUCUUCUGAAAAACUUUAAGGAUCUUCAAGCAUUUUUUUUUUUGCCGCUUCUUGAACAUAACGGCAUAAAACUUGAGGCAAGUAUUCGCCAAAAGACAUUUCGUAAUCCACUACGUUGGAGUUCGUCAAGAGGAGAAAAGACAAUGAAAUUUUAACUGACAGUUUUUAAUUUAAGUGUUUACAAGAGUUGAAAAGCUGUGAAACAAAAGUGAGAUGGACCGUUAAUUUUUGACUAAAACAAAUCUCCCGUUGAAUUCGACUGAUGAGACUUGAUUUCGACUUUCCUUCCCAGGAAGUUAAAGAAUCUUAUGGAUUUGAUUCUCAUUGUAACGAGGUGAGUCGUUAAUGUUGAAUUCUGACUUUAAGCACUUUGUGAAUUUUAUAAAUGACACUUUGGAGUCUGGACCCUCAUGUCACAGUCGGUAAUGACGCUUCUUUAUUUUCUCUCGGGUGCUGUGUUUGGCUGUCAUUGGGUGUUCAGCGGCUUUUCUUGAUGCACUUUAAUUCUCUUUCUCUGGAAGGUUCUGGAAAACUCUCCUUUUCAAGACACUUUUAGGAACUUUUACCUUUUACACAUCUCAAGGUCCCUCCUGCCAUGUUGAAUUGGUUCUGUGAAUAUUGUUGUCAGAUGGAAUAUUUCCUUGAUUUCACACCAAAUUGCAGCUCGUGUGUAUUCAUCGACUGACUGCCAUAUAUUUUGCCAUAUUUUGAAGUUGUAUGUUUUGAUCUGUUUAUAACUUUGCUAGAUCUGAUGAAUCCCAUUAGGAUUAAAUCGUAUAUUAUAAUCUUAAGUAUGUGUAUUUAUGAAUUUUAGUGAUCCUACUGAUGUCAAAAAUCUAAGCAGUGCUAAAAAAAAAGAAAAGAGGGUAUCGUCAGCAAAUAAGAGAAUAAACUGGGUUUUAACGUUCAGAUCCUUCCAGAGAGACGGCAAAAUUUGAGUUAGGAUCUACUGCAUCUGUAGCCAUGUAAACUCUGCUACCAUGACAACAGAGCGUGAAAUGAUGUGUAUGUUUAUACAGAUUAAUUGUCUAACAGAGCGUCUGUUGGUGUGGUUGUGUGGUGUGCACGCAAACGUAAAAAUACAUACACGUGUAAAUAUGAGGCGGCGUGACGCCGUGUUGUUUCCGUGUUUCAGUUGUUGCACGUGUUCUGAUUCAGGACAGAAUUUAAAUAAAAUUUUAUUGCAAGUUUUUGUUUCUAUCCCAGCCUUGCGUUUGUGUGUCGUCUUUGAAAAUCAACAUCUGGGAUGUCAUUGGAGUUGUUGUUUUUCCCCAGUUUUUAAUAAAUAACCAAAAGCUCAACAUUUUGACUCGUUACUUAAAGCAUUUUAGAAAUGAAAAAAAUUGUGUUUUCAUAAGAAACAAAGUGUCUUUAUUACAACGAAUCUGUUCUAAUAAAAAAACGCUGCAUUUGGUAAUUCAGUAUUUGUUAAAUGUGAAAGUAAAAUGUAUUUAAACUCAAAAUAUAACACUAAUGUUUGUUUUGUUACCAGGCACAUUUUUUAUUUUCAAAGCGUUAAUUCAUUCUACAAAACUAGAGAAAUCAUUUUAAAAGUUUGCAGAGAAAUCCAGUUAAUACAAUUUUUUUUUCUUUAAGUUGUAAGACAAUUAAAAUCUGUUGAAGGUGAAUUUAUGCUUCUUAGAAUUUUACUGCUAUUUAUAUCAGAAAUUUAAAUUUCUUAUAAUCUAGCGGAUGACCUCCUCAGAUAAAGUGAAGACACAAAGCACACACAGGAUGAAUUACAGUGAAUUUAAUACAGAACAACCACAUUCAUGUCAAAUAUAUUCAGGACAAAAAGCUAAAUAUGCUAAUGCUUAUUUUUCUAUAUGAAUAAGUGAUACACUUGGAUCAAAAUACGUUUGACUAAUUAGCUGUAACGGACAGAAAAAACUCUAGAAAGCAGCAGUGAGAUAAAAACUGGAACCCCAGACACACUGGACGACUAAACUGUCACUAUGGAAACAGAAGCUAACAUUAACAUGUCUCACUUGAACACAUUGGUCACAGGAUAAUAAAACAAUGUCUUUAUUCUUGAUUUACACUUACGGUUUUUGUUUUAACAAGUCAAUCACUCUCCUGUCUGAAGAU